UUGCCAUAAAUCUGUGCAUGUUAUAGGCACACACAUGGCAAUGGUUUUUUCAAGAUUACUUCUUUUCCUGUCUCCAAUUUUCAUAUUAUUAGUUGCUGUAGCCUCUACAGGCCAGCCACGCUUCAUAGACCAUGUCUGUUCAAACGUUGUAGGUAAUUAUUCCAAAAAAAGUACCUACGAGGCGAACCUCAACAACGCCCUCUCCUCCAUCACCUCCAACAACGAUAUUGACUAUGGGUUUUAUAGUAGUUCCUCCAGCGGCCAAGAACCUGACAAAGUAUAUGCAAUUGGACUUUGCCGAGGAGAUCUUAAGAAAGAUGUUUGUCGUAGUUGCCUCAAUGACUCUACGGUUGCUCUCAAAGAGCUUUGUCCCAAUCAGAAGGAGGCAAUAGGAUGGUAUGACAAUUGCUCCUUGCGCUUCUCAAACACCUCCAUGUUUGGCAUCGAGACAGAAAAUCCCAAUUUUAUGGAUUGGAACUCAAAGAACGUAUCGGACAUAAAUGGGUACGGCGAGGCGCUUAAGACCCAGUUAGAUUCCAUGAUAAGUGAAGCUGCAUCUGGUGGUUCUUUCAAGUUUGCGACGAGAAGCUCAGUCGCACCGGACCUUAGCAAAAUAUAUGUGCUUGUACAAUGUACUCCUGAUUUGUCCGAGCAAGAAUGCAGUAACUGUUUACAAAUGAUUUCUGUACAAACACCACUCUGUUGUACUGGGAAGGACGGUGCGAGAUAUUAUAAACCCAGCUGUAAUUUUAGGUACGAGAGCUACCCUUUCUUUGACGUCACUGCUGCUCCACGGUCGUCGCGAUUGCCAUUACUCACUCCGCCGCCGAUACAUGCUGCUCCAUGGUCGCCGCCUUUGCCACCAGUCUCUCAUCUGCCAAUAAAUGGAAAGGAGAGAAACACUCGAACUGCUAUCAUCAUCGUUGUUCCGACUGUUAUUGUGAUGCUAUUUGCUGUCAGUAUUUUCAUCAUUUUAAGAAUGAGGAAGCCAAAGGAUACUUUUGAGACUGCGGAUGAAAUAACAAGUGUCGAAUCCGUGCAAUUCGAUUUUGGCACUAUUAGAGCUGCGACAAACAACUUUUCUGACGCAAACAAACUUGGGAAAGGUGGAUUUGGAGCAGUUUACAGGGGUAGGCUUUCAAACGGACAAGAAAUCGCUGUGAAGAGAUUAUCAAGGAACUCUGGACAAGGGGAUGUGGAAUUUAAGAAUGAGGUCCUACUAGUGGCCAAACUCCAACACCGAAAUUUAGUUAGGCUUCUUGGAUUCUGCUUGGAAGGAAAUGAAAGACUUCUUAUCUAUGAGUUUGUGCCUAAAACAAGCCUUGAUCACUAUAUAUUUGAUCCCAUGAAGCGUGCAGACUUAAAUUGGGGAAGGCGGUAUAAAAUUAUAGGUGGCAUUGCUCGAGGGCUUUUAUACCUUCAUGAAGAUUCCCGACUUCGGAUUAUUCAUCGUGACCUUAAAACUGGCAACAUUCUAUUAGAUGCAAAUAUGAAUCCUAAAAUUUCAGAUUUUGGCAUGGCAAGAUUAUUCGUAUUGGAUCAAACUGAAGGCAGUACAAAUAGAAUUGUGGGAACCUACGGAUAUAUGGCUCCAGAAUAUGCAAUGUUUGGACAAUUCUCGACAAAAUUAGAUGUCUUCAGUUUUGGUAUCCUAAUUCUGGAGAUUAUAAGUGGUCGGAAAAUUACUAAUUUUCGUGAUGUAGAGAAUAUGGAAUACCUUCUUAGCUAUGCAUGGAGAAAUUGGAGGGAAGGGACAACUUCAAAUCUCAUAGAUCCCACGCUAAUAAAGAGUGGUCCAAUAAUUGAAAUGACGAGAUGUAUUCACAUUGGUUUGUUAUGUGUUCAACAAAAUGUAGCUGACAGACCAGAAAUGGCUUCAAUUGUUCUCAUGCUUAAUAGCGAUUCUGUGGCUCUCCCUGUACCUACACAACCUGCAAGCUUUAUGCAGAGCAAUGUUCAGUCGGCCAUAUCACUGCAAGUACUGGACAUCAAUUGCGGAGGAAUUACUAAUUGCGAGGUUUCAAUCAGUGAGUUAUAUCCUAGGUAGUGUUUUGUGGAAGGGGCUAUAAUACCCAUGUUUGUAUGUAAAUUUCACUUCCCAUGAACAUCUGAUGCCCCAAGAUCAACUACCUUAAAGGAAUUCCUCAUUGGCAAUGUUUCUACCGAAUUAUUAGUUUGGUUGGUUGACACCUCAUUGACCUCAAGUUGAAAGUAUCAUUAGGACAAGCCCUCAACCGAUCGACUGAAAGUCCUAAGUGAACCAAUUAUAGGCGGCCAAAAACCCUCGGAGCCUUGGGUUUUGUUCUGGGAUUUGUAGUCUAGAUAUAAUGCAUGAUUUCUGAUAUUGUCACGGAAUAUGACCUGUACGUGUUUAUUAGAGCAAGAAUAAUUUUCUAACUAUUUCCGUCCUCCUAUAAUCAUGCAAAUUACAAGACAGAUCAUAAACUCCAUUAUACUACUUUUCAUUAAUUUUAGGCUGUCUGCAUU